UUUUUGUUCUCGUGUGAAAUGGUUUAUGAAUGGAUUGGAUGAUCAAAAGGCAAUAGCACAGAAAAGGAAAGAGGAGAGAUGAAAGAGGAGUCAACAGGACUAAUCAUUGGGAUUUCCAUAGGUUUGGUAAUUGGAGUUGUUUUGGCAAUUUCUGCUUUGUUAUGUCUAAGAUACCAUCGGAAGCGUUCACAGAUAGGCAAUAGCAGUUCCCGGAGGGCAGCUACUAUACCUAUCCGUGCAAAUGGUGCUGAUUCAUGUACUAUUCUAUCAGACUCAACCUUAGGUCCAGAAUCACCUGUGAGGUCUAGUCGUAAUGGCAUGUCCUUCUGGCUUGAUGGGUUCAAGAAGAGUAACAUGGUUUCUGCAUCUGGAAUACCAGAAUAUUCAUACAAGGAUUUGCAAAAGGCAACAUAUAACUUUACCACCCUCAUAGGACAAGGUGCAUUUGGUCCUGUUUAUAAAGCUCAGAUGUCUACUGGCGAGACUGUUGCCGUUAAAGUUCUUGCAACAAAUUCAAAGCAGGGGGAGAAAGAAUUUCACACAGAGGUUAUGUUGUUGGGAAGGUUACACCAUAGAAACCUGGUCAACUUGGUUGGAUAUUGUGCUGAGAAGGGGCAACAUAUGCUUGUGUACGUCUACAUGAGUAAAGGAAGCUUGGCUUCUCACUUGUAUAGUGAAGAGAAUGGGGCACUGGGCUGGGAUUUGAGAGUUCAUAUAGCUUUAGACGUUGCAAGAGGUGUGGAGUAUCUUCAUGAUGGGGCAGUUCCUCCUGUAAUCCAUCGAGAUAUCAAAUCUGCCAACAUUCUCUUGGACCAGUCAAUGCGAGCCAGGGUUGCUGAUUUUGGACUUUCAAGAGAAGAGAUGGUGGAUAAACAUGCAGCUAUUCGGGGUACCUUUGGCUAUCUUGAUCCUGAGUAUAUAUCUUCAGGGACAUUCACUAAGAAAAGUGAUGUAUACAGUUUUGGAGUGUUACUCUUUGAACUUAUAGCUGGCCGAAAUCCUCAGCAGGGUCUUAUGGAAUAUGUUGAGCUUGCAGCAAUGAAUACUGAGGGGAAAAAUGGUUGGGAGGAGAUUAUUGAUUCUCGGCUUGAGGGAAAAUGUGAUUUCCAAGAGCUGAAUGAAGUGGCAGCCCUUGCCUACAAAUGCAUCAACCGUGCACCAAGGAAGCGCCCUUCCAUGAGGGACAUAGUACAAGUGUUGACACGGAUCCUUAAAUCAAGGCACCAUAGGAAUCAUCAUCAUAAGAAGUCCCUUUCAGCCACAGCAGACGAAGUUUCCAUUGAUUUGGAUCAACCAGAAACCAAGACUUCUGUUACUGACCACCGAAGAGAAGAAUCUAUAGAUAGUGCGGCUGACAUGUAUGAUGUGUAG